CUUGUUUUACAAAUUCUCCUGAAGCUUCAUACACGACCCAAAAAAUAAAAUAAAAAAACAAAUAUAAUUUUAUAAUCAUAUGAUCUUAUCUUUCAGCUCUUGUAAUCUUUCUUCUUGUUGAAGGCUUAUUUAUUUAUAAACUUGUGAAGUCAGACAUACACAGCCAUAGACCCUGCAGUUAUUCUUUGGUCAACAAAACAAUACUAACCUUCAAAACAAGCAAAUGAUGUACAUCAUCUGAUGGUUAUCAUAUAGCAUGGGAUCAGAACAGUUUUACGCUUAUAGAUUUACUGGUCAACCGUCAACUUACUCCUCGCCCAACAAAAAACUCCCCGUGGCGUCCACGUUAAUCGAAAAGUUUGAAGUACGAAACUCUCCCAACUGUCCUUUUUCGAACCCGUUCGAUUCCGAAACAUUGAGCUCAGGUGCUAGUCCUUCUUCCUUUGAAGUUUGUACCUCUUUUAACCAAUCGGAGAGUAUUCACUGCAUGAAAAACGCUCUUCAGGAUAUAGAAACGACGCUGAUGGCUUCAGAUGAGGGGCCCUCUGGUCAUACCAAGUGGCCGCAACAGUGGACCCACGAACCCGCCGGUUCAAACAUGGUCCAACCGCAAGCAGUAUAUGGCCCGAGAUAUGGCCUAUCUGGUAACAAUGAUAGUAAUAUCAAUCUAAAGCAGUUGCUCAUUGCAUGUGCGAGUGCUCUAGCUGGGAACAAGAUUCACGAGUUUGAGAAUUUAGUCGAACGCGCACGCGCUUUGGUUUCCAUUACCGGUGACCCGAUUCAGAGGCUCGGUGCGUAUAUGGUGGAAGGGUUGGUGGCUAGAAGGGAGUUAUCGGGUAGUUACAUUUAUCAGGCUCUUAAAUGUCGCGAGCCCGUAGGGGAAGAUUUACUUUCGUACAUGCAUAUAUUAUACGAAGUAUGCCCGUAUUUGAAAUUCGGGUAUAUGGCUGCAAACGGUGCGAUAGCAGAAGCUUGCAGAAGUGAAGACCGGAUCCACAUCAUUGACUUCCAAAUCGGUCAAGGGACCCAAUGGAUGACUCUUUUGCAAGCCCUUGCCGCUCGACCUGGCGGCCCGCCACAUGUUCGGAUCACGGGGAUCGACGAUCCGGUCUCGAAAUACGCGCGUGGGGACAGUUUGGAUUUAGUUGGAAACCGGUUAGAAUUUCUUUCGGAAAAGUUCAAAAUUCCAAUCGAGUUUCAUUCGCUUCCGGUUUACGCCCCGUUUGUGACCAAAGAAAUGCUCGACGUUCGACCUGACGAAGCCCUCGCGGUUAAUUUCCCGUUUCAACUCCACCACAUGCCUGAUGAAAGCGUCGAUGUGAAUAACCCGCGCGACGAGCUGUUACGAAUGGUGAAGUCUCUUUCACCGAAAGUGGUAACGUUAAUCGAACAAGAAUCGAACACAAAUACCGCCGCUUUCUUUCCGAGAUUCUUGGAAGCGUUGGAUUUUUACUCGGCGAUAUUCGAGUCGCUGGAUGCAACUUUAGCGCGGGAUCGAAAAGACAGAAUAAACGUGGAACAACAUUGUUUGGCUCGUGAUAUAGUGAAUGUUAUCGCGUGUGAGGGUAAGGAGAGAGUGGAACGACAUGAGUUGUUUAGAAAAUGGAGGUCGAGGUUAACUAUGGCGGGGUUCAAGCAGUCUCCGUUGAGCGGUUAUGUGAAUUCGGUUAUAGGGAAUUUGCUCAAGUGUUACUCUGGGCAUUAUACUUUGGUGGAGAAAGAUGGAGCUUUGUUAAUGGGAUGGAAAGAUAGGGAUCUUAUGUCAGCAUCUGCUUGGCAUUGAGAGUUGAAAGACAUAGGGUUUUAGUGUAACACAUGAUUCUAAAAUAAGAUUCUUAGUUGUAUACAUAUUUGUUUUUGGUAGAGUUGUAUGGAUGUAGAGUUCAGUUUAUGUUUUUUGCUUUGUUGUUCA